CCAGAAUUGCAAGCGCUUUGUAAGCGGCUUGCACGCCAUCGAGCUCGCAAUUCAUGCAUCAUUCCAAAGCAAAAUGUAAUGCAGGUAAAAAAUUUCUCUAAAAUGCUGGCGGUACGUGCAUUAUAUAAACUCUUCUCUAUCUCAGAUUUCUCUACAUCCUCGCAUUUUUAUCUCCCACAUCGGGUUUAUCCCAUCUAAUCGAUACCCCACUGCAACAUGACCAUCUCCGUAUUCACUACCAACGGCCACACCAACGGCCAUGCAAAAGGCGUCAAGCGUCACUCGAAACGCUCGUCUGAGCUUGGCUUUUCUACGCGAGCUAUUCAUGUAGGGUCAGAGCCAGACCCUGCAACUGGCGCUGUCAUCCCUCCCAUAUCUCUUAGCACGACAUACAAGCAAGAUGAAGUAGGCGUACACAAGGGUUAUGAGUAUUCUCGUUCUGGCAAUCCAAAUCGCGAUGCACUAGAGCGCACGCUUGUAGGCUUGGAGGCAGGUGCAGGACACGCUAUCGCGUUUGCUUCGGGCAGUGCCACGACAGCCACUGUCUUGCAGUCUCUAGGUCCAAACGCACACGUCCUAAGUGUGAACGAUGUCUAUGGCGGUACGUUCAGGUACCUCACGAGGGUUGCGAAGGAAACCAUGGGUACCGAGUCGACGUUUGUAGACUUGGAGAACGCGACAGAUGAUGAAAUACUAGGUGCUAUAAAGGAGAACACAAAGCUUAUCUGGAUCGAAUCGCCAACAAAUCCCACCCUCCGACUAAUUGACAUUCCGCGCAUAGUGGGUCUCGCGCACCGCGCUCCAUCAAAACCCCUCGUUCUUGUCGACAACACAUUCCUCUCCCCAUUCUAUGCCUCCCCACUCCUACAAGGCGCUGACAUCGUCAUUCACUCCCUCACCAAGUAUGUCAAUGGCCAUUCUGAUGUCGUGAUGGGCGCUGCCAUCCUUCCCUCCUUGUCUACACCAGACAGAGACUACGAAGGCCUCGUCCAAAAGCUUCGCUUCCUCCAAAAUGCCCAUGGUGCCGUCCCGAGUCCUUUUGACAGUUGGCUCGCCCAGCGCGGUGCCAAAACUCUCGCAGUGCGGAUGAAGGCCCAUGGUUUGAAUGCAUUGCGCAUCGCCUCCUUCCUGACUUCGCACCCCGCCGUUGAACACGUCAUUUACCCCGGUCUCGCCUCGCACCCGCUACACGCCCUCGCACGCACCUCCCUCAGCCCACAUGCGGAGCAGUUCAUCAGCAACCUACCGCCAUCGAGCCUUGCACACGGUAUACCAUACGGUGGGAUGGUCUCAUUCCGUCUACGUGGUGGUGCAAGAAGUGCAGAGGCACUUCUGCCGAAGUUGAACCUGUUCACGCUUGCUGAGAGUUUGGGUGGUGUGGAGAGUCUUGCGGAAUUACCUGCACGCAUGACGCAUGCAAGUAUCCCGGCGGCGGAGCGCGAGGCUUUGGGCAUUGAGGGGCUGGUGCGCUUGAGCUGUGGCAUUGAGGAGGUGGAGGAUUUGGUAGAUGAUUUGAGGGCUGCAUUGGAUGGGCUGGAAGAUGAGGAUAGUGGAUAUACCUAUACCGUAAUCGUUUCUGGGUCUAUUAGAUGGUAUAUUGCUUUGGAGGCUUGA